GAAGGAAAUAGCAUCAUGUUUAGCACAGUGCUAAACUACGUAUGCAUGCGGAUUCUUGGAGAAGGAAGAGAUGGUGGAGAAGACAAUGCUUGUAGAAGAGCUCGUAGUUGGAUUCUUGAUCAUGGUAGUGCAACUCAUAUACCAUCUUGGGGAAAGACUUGGCUUUCGAUACUUGGUGUAUUUGAUUGGAGUGGGUGCAAUCCAAUGCCGCCCGAAUUUUGGCUCCUUCCAUCUUUUCUUCCUUUCCAUCCAGCUAAAAUGUGGUGCUACUGUCGGAUGGUAUAUAUGCCCAUGUCGUAUCUAUAUGGAAAAAAGUUUGUCGGUCCUACAACACCUCUCAUUUUAGAGUUGAGAAAGGAGCUCUAUUCCCAGCCUUACCAUCAAAUUAAUUGGAGGAGAGCGCGUCAUUCCUGUGCUAAGGAAGAUAUAUAUUAUCCUCAUCCUUUACUACAAGACUUGAUCUGGGACACCCUCUACCUCUUUGGUGAGCCUUUUCUUACUCGUUGGCCUCUAAACAAACUAGUAAGAGAGAAAGCUCUUCAAGUCACCAUGAAACACAUUCACUAUGAAGACGAAAACAGUCGAUAUAUCACCAUCGGCUGUGUUGAAAAGGUUUUAUGCAUGCUUGCUUGUUGGGUUGAAAAUCCACUUGGAGAUUAUUUUAAGAAGCAUCUUGCAAGAAUUCCAGAUUAUUUAUGGGUAGCUGAAGAUGGAAUGAAAAUGCAGAGCUUUGGGAGCCAAGCAUGGGAUACAGCUUUUGCUAUUCAAGCCUUGCUUGCAAGUAAUUUGGCACAUGAAAUUCCGAAUGUAAUCAAGAGAGGACAUGAUUUUUUGAAAAAAUCUCAGGUGAAAGAAAAUCCUUCGGACGAUUUUAAGAGUAUGUAUCGUCACAUUUCUAAAGGAUCAUGGACAUUUUCUGAUCAAGAUCAUGGUUGGCAAGUUUCUGACUGCACUGCAGAGGGCUUAAAGUGUUGUCUACAUUUGUCAAUAAUGCCACCAGAACUUAUUGGUAAAAAAAUAGAAGUUGAGAGAUUAUACGAUUCUGUCAACAUUUUACUUUCUUUACAGAGUAAAAAUGGUGGUUUAGCUGCAUGGGAACCGGCUGGUGCACAAGAAUGGUUGGAAUUUGCACUUGGAGGAUUAGCAGCCGCAGGCAAGACUUACAACAAUUGUGCUGCUGUGCGCAAGGGAGUUGAAUUUCUUCUUAGAAUACAAAGACCGAAUGGUGGGUGGGGAGAAAGUUAUCGUUCUUGCCCUGAUAAGAAAUAUGUACCUCUGGAAGGAGGCAGAUCAAACUUGGUGCAUACCAGUUGGGCUUUGAUGGGUUUAAUUCAUUCUGGCCAGGCCAAUAGAGAUCCAACACCUCUUCAUCGUGCAGCAAAAUUGAUAAUUAAUUCUCAACUGGAAAAUGGUGACUUCCCCCAAGAAGAAAUAACUGGUGUGUUCAUGAAGAACUGCAUGUUACACUAUGCAGCAUAUAGAAACAUCUUCCCAUUAUGGGCUCUUGCAGAGUACCGCAAACAUGUUCCUUUGCCAACCAAAGGUCCCUAA